ACCGGCCGGAAACCAGGAAACAGCGCGAGAAACCAGGAAGAGAGCCAGGGGCCCCGGACUAUGAGCUCCCCGUGUAAAAUGGCACACGGCCACAGCCAUCAGCACGGCCACCAUCACCACCCCUCACCACCGGCUAAUUCCAAGGAAGACAAAGAAGUGGCUCGGCAGCAGGAGGACGAGGAUUACAGCAACUGGGACAUUGUGAAAGCCACUCAGCAUGGCUUGUUGGAUAGAUGCAUGGAAUUGGUGGACGCAGGAUAUGAUGUCCGUCAGCCGGAUAAUGAAAACGUGACACUUCUUCACUGGGCGGCAAUAAACAAUCGUCAGGAUCUUGUAAGAUAUUUCAUCUCUAAAGGAGCUGUUGUUGAUCAGUUAGGUGGGACCCUGAACUCCACGCCACUUCAAUGGGCCAUCCGGCAGGGACACCUCCAGAUGGUGAUAUUGCUGCUGCGGUGCGGAGCGGACCCCAAUCUCAUAGACGGGGAAGGGUAUUGCAGCAUUCACCUUGCCGUGCUUUUCCAACAUCUCCCUAUCAUUGCCUAUCUCAUUGCCAAAGGACAGAGCAUUGAUACGGCAGACAUGAAUGGAAUGACCCCUCUCAUGCUGUCCGCAAACAGAAUCAUUGGCAUGGAGCCAACUAGUUUUAUUCUGAAGUUGAAUCCAUCGGUCCACGCCGUGGACAAGAUCGAGAGGAACACGGCGCUCCACUGGGCGGUGAAGUCUGGGAAUGUUAAUGCAGUAGAUCUUCUCCUGGAAGCUGGGUCCAGUUUAGACACUCAGAAUGGCAAGGGAGAGACUCCUCUGGACAUCGCACGUCAAACCCGAAAUCGUCUCGCCACCCACAUACUAAUGAAUGAAAUGCAGGCUAAGAGCGCUAGAAGCUACCGUCUACUAAAGAGUUUACACAAAUACGAGAUCUCGUUGAUUGCCCUGGUCAUCGUGUCCAUCAUCGGAGCUAUCGGGUACAUCCUGGAUCUGGACACAGAUUCUUGGCUUUUAAAAGGAAUGCUUCUUGCCCUAGUUACUGCCGGAUCACAGCUUUUCACCAGGAGGUUCGUUGAUGACAGAAGUCAGAAAUACCUGCCGGCAAUCUUUUUUAUGAGUUCUUUAUUCUGGGCUUUCAUGACUUGGUUUGUCUGCUUUUUGCCCAAUGGGGCCCACAGCACCAUUCAGAUUCCAUUCUUUCUCAGCAUGCUAUCACUGCUGUACUUCUUCUACAAAACGUGGAGGUCUGAUCCGGGGUACAUUAAGUCAUCUGAACAGGAGACCAAGCAGACCAUAAUCUCCUUGGCUGAAGCCGGCUGUCUGGAUCCUCGGAUGUUCUGUUCGUCCUGUUUGGUAAAGAAACCCCUGCGGUCCAUGCACUGCCACGCGUGUAACUGCUGUGUUGCUCGAUUUGACCAGCAUUGUAUAUGGAUUGGCCAGUGCAUUGGUGCUGGGAAUCAUUGUUACUUUUUGCCAUUCCUCGCCUCCCUGUUGGUGGUUGGCCAUUGGAUGAUCGGUGCCACUUCUGUCUAUUGGGCAGAGCAGUGCACUACGACAAUCCAAAAAGAUGGCCUUUGGGAUUUCCUGGGAGAAGUUAUUAUCUGCUCACCGUGGAUCCUGUACAUCUUUCUCAUUAUUUGCUCCUUUACAAUCUGGGCUUCACUCAUGUUGAUAGUUCAGAUCUAUCAGAUUGCGUUUCUCGGUCUAACAACCCAGGAAAGAAUUAGCCUCCAAGUCCAGAACCGCCAUAGUCAGCAUCAGGUCUCACUCCGGAAAACACCCUUCAACCGAGGCUGCAUGCAGAAUCUUUCGGAUUUCUUCCGUUGCCGCUGCUUUGGGUUAAUCAAGCACGAUCCUGUUGAUUGGACUAAGCAGUUCCACGGCGUAUUCCACGCUUCCAUGAUGCGAAACGCACACACGGUGUAAAGGUUUUGUGGGUGUCUAUACUUCAUUUAUCUUUUCAAGAACAUUGUCGAAGCACUACAUGUUAGCAGUCCACGUGGCCCCAAUAACCGCAGUGCCACGUGAAAAGGAGACAUCUAGCCGCAUAACCAGAAAUUAGACGACUUCUUCAAGCGCUUGGUUUUCUGUUCCCGUGUGACUAAGGCACCUUCAGAUGCAGACCGAGAGGGCCCUAAUAUCAUGACUUCGGCCAAGAACCAUCGCACAUUGCUAGUUAUUACUGGAGCAAAUCCAUGGGCGAUAUUGUUUUAAACUGUUUGCUCAGAAACAAUUCAGAUAUAAUGUUUUUAUUUUCAAGUCAAAUUCUGUAAUGUGUUUGAAUUUAUUUUUUUUGCCCAAUGUACAGCUAUAGACCGAUAACCAGAUCAUUAAGCUUCUCAAAUAUUUGGAGGGUACACCUGGUGCAGCCAUUUUGAACUGGCAGCUUAAGAUGUCUAUCCUUUUUAUAAGCCCAAGUAGCUUGUCGUUCGAGAACCAGUGCUGCAGCUUUGUAUGUAACAUUAGUCUAUAGCUGUAGCUUACCUAGAUCUGCUCCUACAGUAAAUUUUAAUCCCCCAUAGUAUUGUAACAUCCCCAUAACAUCAUUACAUUACAAUAUAGCUAUCUCCUGUAACAGAUCGCCAUUUCACUGUACAAGGUGAGUUUCCUUAUAUGAAAAUCUGUUUUCCUGUAAAUAAUAAUGAGCGAACAUAUAACCUUUUUACGGCAGAUGACAUGCCCAGAUUGUCACAAUAUAAAUAAGGAAUGUGCCUAGCCUGUUAUGAAGGGGUUAAAGAAACUAAAGAGAAAAUAUAUCCAAGGCUUUACUCCUCAGAAGGACUUUUCAAAGAACUCGUCCCACAUUUGAUGGGUCAAUUUCAUAAUGGCGUAGCCUUAGAAAUGAUUCUUUCCUAAAGUCGAAUUUUGAAUUUGCCCACUACCUGCUGGUGCCUGUGUGUCCCAUAUUAAAGCAUAUUCAGAUGCAGGGAUUAUCGCAGACAUGGCGUAAGCUGCAAAACAUAUUGUUGCUGUACAGACAUUCUAAUCGGAGUUAGCACACAAAGGGUGCAAGACUUACUUUUUGUAUUCCUUGGUUAAAUUAUUAGUUCUGUUGUGCGCUAUUUAAUGCAGGGUUUCCCUGGUUUGCCUGUUUAAUAAAAACUUUCUUAGAAA